CCCCACCCCCCAUCUGAGGGUCCAGCCUACAGUCACCAGCAGUGUCUCAAGUCUUUCACACAACCCAUUCCUCCUUCUUUGCUGUACCACCGGCUGCUGCUGAAUCGUUUUCAAGGUGACCGUGCUGCAGGAUGUCUUCUACCCCAGAGCUGCACCCGCUCCUCUUCACCACGCUGCCCUCCUUCCCCUCGGCCGCUCCAGGAGUCCCGACGGCGGAGGUCAAUGCCACCUCGUGCCAGGAGUGGGAGCAGACCCACCACCUCCUCUUCCAUCUGGGGAGCCUGUCCCUGCUGCUGGGUCUGGUCAUCCCUACCACCCUGGGCCUGCACAUGAUCCUGCUGCGCCUCCUCCUGAUGACAGGAUGUGGUUUCUUCAUUGUGUGGGCGACUCUGUACAGGUGCAACCUGGAUGUGAUGGUUUGGAACGUGGUGUUUCUGGUGGUCAACUUCAUGCACUUGUUCUUCCUGCUUUACAAGCGCAGGCCGAUUAAGAUCGACAGGGAGCUGCGGUCCGUCUACAAGCGGAUGUUUGAGCCCCUCCAUGUGCGGGAGGCUGUGUUUCAGAGGCUAACGGGACAGUUCUGCACCAUCCAGACACUGAAGAAAGGCCAGGCCUACGCUGCCGAGGACAAGACGUCUGUGGACGAACGCCUCAGCAUUCUCCUCAAAGGAAAGAUGAAGGUAUCAUACCGAGGCCAUUUCCUCCACAACAUCUAUACCAAUUCAUUUAUUGACUCUCCAGAGUUCAGGUCCACUGAGAUGCACAGAGGAGAGAAGUUUCAGGUGACCAUCGUGGCAGAGGAGAACUGUAAGUUCCUGUGUUGGUCUCGAGAGAGGCUCACCUACUUCCUGGAAUCAGAUACUUUCCUCAAUGAGGUGUUCCGGUACCUCAUUGGCAAAGACAUCACCAACAAACUGUACUCUCUGAAUGACCCCACACUCAGUGACAAGGCAGUGAAGAAGAUGGAACGUCAGCCCAGCCUGUGCUCUCAACUGUCGAUGACGCAGAUGAGGAACAGCAUGGCGAGCACCAGCGACACUGACGAUGUCCUAAACCAGAUCCUACGAGGAGGAUCGGCUGGAUCAUCGCUCCAAUCCCCUGGCACUAAAACCUCCUCAAAGAUGAAGCCCAUAGAAGAAGGCAUGGAGGAUGACGUUUUUGAAGAACCUGUGCCCUCCAAGUCUCGCCGUUCCACUAAGGAAGUGUAGCCAGCAUGCAUGGGAAGAGAAUAGAUUAUAUAAUACUUCAUUCAUCCCACAAUGGGGAAAUUCACUUGUUAUAGCAGCAGUUUUUCCACAAGAUCAAAUGCAUAUUAUGCAAUUUGUUUAGCAACCUAACGCCCAGAGCCUGAUUGACACACCGGCAUGGCCGACGUUAUCAGCCGUGCCGUUUUCCUAGGUAAAUAAUGUCUGUCUAUAUGCUGCCACUGUCAUUUAGAAACAGUGUCUCCAUUACAUAGUUUGUCCACCAGAGAGCACUGACAAGUUUAUUUUUACACUGUAAAAUGUUACAUACUAUCUUGGUCACAAUUCUUUAAAAAAAAUGAUAAAAAAGGAAA